AUGGCAGAUUGGCUAUGUAAGACUCGAGAAUUGCAGCCACUGAUAGAAAAACACCCAACAUUGGUUAUAUCAGAAUUCGUAUAUUCAGUACUUUGGUUGUUGUCGCUUUUUUGUGCUUUCCAUAAUGGUUCACGUUACGUAUAUACAUGGAUUGGCGUUUAUUUAUUGGCUUUCUUUACUGAAAGUAUCAAAUUUUUCGAUGAAAGCAUGAAUACUGUAUUCUAUAGUCAAACAAUGUUAACAUUUAUGGGGAUGCGUACUCCGUUUUAUUUGUUAUGUGGUAUCUACCACACAUUGUUCUACAUUUCAUAUGUUAUAGUGAAAAGGAUUCAUUUGAAAUGGUGGGGCGAAGCUGCAGCAAACGGUCUUCUAGUACUUUUGUUGUCGCUACCUUUACAUGUGAUGGGUACAAAGUUACUUUGGUGGCAGUGGUACGAUGGUGACCCCCGUCUUAUGAGCGCAUUUUAUUCUGUACCACUAGUUGUGUUGGCAUGGUAUGCAAUACUAGGGACAUCAUUCAAUGUCAGUUUAUACCUAUUUCGGAAAGGAUUUCUUCACGAAAAAUAUGACUGGAAAAGAUUUGUUGCUGAAUUCAUAUGUGUAGUUGGUGCAUCAUUAUUUACUCUUUGCCUCGCUACGUUGCAGUACAUAAUUUUUUUCCACAUCCUGCAUGAUAUUUUCCGGAUCCAUUCUGUGUUUUCAUUGACGCUUCUUCUCAUUGUAUAUGCAGUUACAGUGUUAAAAGCACUGUUUAGUUCUAGAAUGGAAUAUAACAUGAAUGAUGGAGCAGGAAAAGAUCAGUUGAUUAAAGCUCCAUUGAAUGAAAGAGACAUUUAUUUAUUGGUCGAGAUUUUAAUUGUAGCGAUUCAUUUCUUGCUUCAUAUGUUAUUGGCAGUGUUUAGUUCGCCUGAGAACAUCGUUUCAGAAGGUAUAUAUCAGGCAAUCGGUCCGUGUGAUGAAGUGGAACAAAUUUUUUCACUUUUUGGUUUGAUUUCAUACCGCAAAAAAUAUUUUUGCAUAAAAGAACUCCAGCAGAAGCUAUUCAAUUUUCAUUGUAUUCCCGGUGGGCAAUUACCAAGAUCAGUAAACGAUGAACCUUUGGAGUACUAUGCGAUUUGUGGCACGAAUUUCGAACAUCGGACGGAAUACAUCACUUUUAUAUGUAAUGAUGGAAUUCCACAGCAAGCCUUGGAUGACAUCGAACUUCGGCAUCGGUCAGGUAUGCUAAAUCGUGGUGGUAAAAAAUCACGUUUGCCCACACCUACUCGUCUUUCAGGUUAUCUACCAAAGUUUCGCCGUGCGACUAUUCUAGUUCUUUCGGACAGCAUGUCUCCGGAUAUCACUCGUGCAGAACUGUGUUCUAGAAACGGUGCAACACUGUUUGGCAAGUAUCGAGCUCGUCUCUUAAAUACUUCCGAAGUGCCUGUGAUCAACACUAUUUCAUGGAUGAUGGGAAAGGAAAUCGUGAUAAUCGACCGCUUUCCAGAAUCUGAUCACGAAGUUUUGGAUACAGAUCUGUCAGAAUCCAAAGAUCAAAUACAGGACUGUGAAGAGUCAGAUUCUCUAAGCAAUUCGGAUAGCGCUUCACCUUUGAAAUAUGAAUUUUUAACAUUGUCGAAGUUGCAGGCAAGCAAUACACCAAAGAUUUUGAUUGAUAAGUACUGUCAUUCCGCUGCAGUGAAACAGUUUCCCUUAUCUUCCCUGAAAACAUCAGAAGCUCGAUCUCUUGCUGGCGCACUUAUCACCGAUGGAAUCCCAUUUGAUGCGAAAACGGUCUCAGAUCCAAUUAUUUGGAUUUUUUGUGAUGCGAAUGAUUAUCUUCACACAUGUUUAUUAGGUAUGUGUAAAACGAACGAUGGCACUGCGACAUACCAUGUUAGAACACUGCCGCGAAAUUACACAGGUACUGUCAAAUUUCUGGAGAAUUAUAUGGAACGCUUUUAUGAUUCUUAUAAAGCCUCUCCAGACAUAGCUUGUUGUGUGUAUGAUGUUAUUCCGAAAAUAGUUACAAGUGAUCAAGACAACCAAAAUAGAGUGUCCGGAUUUGUAGAACUUCAUGUAUCAUGGACAUUUACAAAUACCAAUCCCUGCUCCGAUAGAAUACUUUCAAAACCUGUUCCAUCAGCUUCUGUCGUUGCUAAGAUAUCACCAGGUUGGCUUGAUGUACGCUUGCCUCAUCUUAGUCUGGCUGGUGAGUUGGAAUUGGUAUUAACCUUGGGACGUGCACUGAGAACCGGCAAAGUGAUUUGGCCAGAUACAAAUUUUGAUCGGUUGCAUGAGGACAAGAAAUUUAUGAAGUCUGCAUUACAAUCUCUACUUAAUCAAACUUCAACUUUUUCUAAAAGUAAAAAUUUGGAAGAAAAUGUUCCGCUGGAUAUACCUCACGAUUUCACAGAGGAACUGUGGCUCAUAUUACACUACUGCCAUUCAAAUCAAGAUCUUACAAAAGCUUUAAGAUAUGUUUUUGAUGCUUUGAAAGCAGGAUAUAAAAAUACUUUGAUACUUACAAAUAAUAAGUGUACGAUGGCACGUUUAUUGCGCGAUGCAUGCACCAACGAUUUGCUACUACCACGUUUAGAGGGUCUUACUCCCAUACAAAUUUAUUUGGAAAUGGGUCUAGAACGGUUACGAAGAGCUUGCAUGGAUGAAUUUUUAAAUAGAGAGUACUUCGGAUCCGUUGCUGAAAUUAAUGCAAGUUUUGACUUCUGUUCGGGGAAAGAACCGCAGGAUCAAGCCGAUGCAUUGUUUCUCUUCUAUAACAGUCUUUUGGUUGUAAAUACAUGCAAGCAAUAUCUUAGAUUGGAUCGCCAUCAUAUAAAUAUCAUUGCAAGGCAAGUCCUUGGGCAAUACAGCAAAUUGAAUAUAUCUCCUACAGCUACCGACAUAACCAAGGAAAUGAUGGAAGAAAUGACUUUUACACUUAAUUCCAGAUUGUCAUUUACAGAUAUCUUCAAGCCUGUGCAUGAAAACAGACUGCCCAAAGUCUGGAAAUCAGAAAAUACAGUUGAAACUGCUAACAAACAAGGUUGGAUAGCACGCUGCAUGAUUCUGUGCUCACGCACUACCCGGUUACCAUUUAUCAAAAAUCUUGAAAUUAAAGACGUUGUUUCUGAUAAACAAAGUCCUAAUAUGGAAAGUAGGGACGCUGAACCCGAUAGUUCAAAGAAAAAUGGGGAUCAGAAAAUGUCUCAAACUUCCACGCCAGAGAAGGUAAUUUUUUGUUCAAGCAACGAAGAAAGUUUAAAACUGGAUACAGCUCUACGUCAUUACGAAAUCACUGUUGUUACUGGCAAAACUAUGAAAGGUUGCGACUGGGAUGGAUUGCAUGAGUACGAAGCACAGUUUUUUGGUUUCCUACCGAAAGGAUUUACGGAUGUUGUCUAUAAUUUAAUCCUGGAAGAAUGGGCAGAAAUUGUUGAGAAGAAAAUAAUGCCAAAUUUGCCACUUGAAGAUGUAAGCGGUGAAACGAAAUUGCAUUUGAAAAUGGAACUUGUCAAUAUGAUUGGCAAAAACAAUAUCUUGAACUCGCUCAUGAAUAAGCUAGAGGCUUACACAUUGGAAUAUAUCUUCCGUAUACCUGAUGAAGUAACGCUGCCUGAAGAUAGGCCGAAUUUAAAAGUGGAUAAGGAAUGGAAUGUAGAAGUCGCUAUUAAUCGUAGACGAGAACUCGAGCGCGAUAUUAUUAAAUUACGUUUAGCCAACGAAUUGUUCGAUAAAGAGACCGAAAAUAACCUGCAAGCGAUACAGUUGUGGAAAGCUGUGCAAGAGAUGAACGAUGGUAGUAAUUUUGUCAGUAACGAUUUUUCUAAAUAA